AUGGCAGCCGAGAAAGAUGGCCUAGCGCUUGAGAACAGCGCUAGCGACAACAAUAGCAAUGACCUCCCUACUGACCACAAGACCGGAAAGGACCAAUACACGACAAGUCACGAUGUGGAGAUCGAACGUGGGCACCUGGCCGACCUCGAGGUCGAUAUGGGUGAGAUUCUUCACCAGGUCGAGGAGGAGGGCGAUUACGAUGCCGACACGAGCCCGUUCCCGGCAGUCAGGGCUGUUGUACCGGAGACGGAUGAUCCCGCCAUGCCCGUAAACACCUUCCGAGCUUGGUUUCUGGGUAUUAUUUUUGUGUUUUUGGGUGCCGGGGUCAAUCAAUUCUUCUCGCUGCGCUAUCCGGGAGUUCACAUCGUGUCCCUUGUCGCGGAACUGUUGGCGUUCCCGCUUGGAGUCGCGCUCGCCAAGAUACUACCCAUCGGCCGAUUUAACCCCGAUCGCCAUUUCAACAUCAAGGAGCACGCUAUGGUCACUAUCAUGAGCAACGUCUCCUUCGGGUUCGGCUCUGCCGACGCGACGAACAUUGUUCAAGCCGCUCGGUUCUACGGCUUCGAAAUGAAGACCGGGUUCUCGGUCAUGGUAGUCAUUUGCUGCCAGCUGUGCGGCUAUGGCGUUGCUGGCCUGUCCCGAAAGCUGCUUGUCGAGCCUGCUACGAUGAUCUGGCCGGGUGUUCUUGGCAAUGUUGCGUUGUUGAGUUCCAUCCAUUCGCGAGCCAAUGCGGUGGCUGACGGCUGGAAGAUAACCCGUAUCAAGUUCUUCAUGGUCGUUGGCUUUGCCUCGUUCGUGUGGUACUGGUUUCCUGGCUUGAUCUUCACGGGCCUGAGCUACUUCACCUGGAUCUGCUGGCUCGCGCCGAACAACUUAGCGGUGAAUCAAGUCUUCGGAAUGGUAACCGGCCUCGGACUAUUCCCCCUAACUUUCGACUGGUCUAUGGUCGUAUAUAAUACCAAUCCGCUGCUGAGCCCCCAUUGGGCGGCCUUGAAUGUCUUCGUGGGAUUUGCCGUCUUCUUCUGGAUCGUCACCCCUGCUAUUUUCUACACCAACACGUGGUUCACCUCCUAUCUGCCCCUUUGCACGGCGGACGUGUAUGACCGCUUCGGAGAACUUUACGACACGACCAAAGUCAUCACCAACAACCUGUUUGACGAGGCAAAGUAUGCGGCAUACUCCCCACCGUACUUACCCGCGACCUUUGCAUUCGUCUACGGCUUGUCUUUCGCGUCUAUCACCAGCGUCCUAUCGCACAUCUAUUUCUUCCAUUAUGAUGAAAUUAAGCACGCCGUCCGUGGGACUCUCAAGCUCGAUAUCCACGCGCGCCUCAUGAAAGCCUACAAGGAUGCGCCAUGGUAUUGGUGGACUUCGAUCGUGGUCAUUGUCUUCGCAAUGAGCGUUGCUAUGACGGAGGUUUAUCACACGGGCUUGCCAGUAUACGGCAUUGUUCUCGCCUUCGCUAUGGGAAUGAUUUACAUGGUGCCUUGCGGAAUGAUCCAGGGCGUGACGAAUGUCGACGCUAAUCAGAUUAACGUCUUGUCUGAAUUCAUCGGCGGAUACCUGUUCCAGGGAAGGCCGAUUGCGAACAUCCUAUUCAAGACUCUGUCGACGGAUGUGGUGGGUCAAGGGCUGUAUUUUGCUGCUGACUUGAAGCUGGGCCACUACUUGAAGAUUCCGCCACGUACUCUGUUCUUCGCGCAAGGCUUAGCAACGGUGCUUGGUGCCCUUACACAAGUUGGAGUUACUCUGUGGAUGUUAGGCAAUAUACCCGGAAUCUGUGAAUCGGACCAACCUAAUGGCUUUACUUGCCCAGUGGGACGCACCGUCUACAGUAGCUCCGUCAUCUGGGGCUUGGUCGGUCCCGCGCGUCUGUAUUCUGUUGGCAAGAUCUACAGCGGUCUGUUGCAUUUCUUCUGGAUUGGCCUGAUCUUGCCACCCAUCACGUACUUUAUCUGGAAGAAGACGGGCAGCGAAUUCGUCCGCAAGAUCAACUGGCCCCUGAUUUUCGUCGGGACAUAUAACGUCCCGCCUGCCACGGGCAUUAACUAUAGCAGUUGGUAUAUCGUCAAUCUUGUCUUCAACAAGAUCAUAUACAAGAAGUUCUUUGCUUGGUGGACUAAGUACAACUACGUCCUCGCAGCCGCCCUGGACACGGGCCUCGCUGUUAGCGGUAUUGUUAUCUUCUUCGCCGUGACAUACGGCCCGAACGUGCAGUUCCCAGACUGGUGGGGAAACACAGUAUGGCAAAACACUGCUGAUGGGCAAGGCUUGCCGUGGCUGCAAAUGCCGGACGUCGGAUACUUCGGACCACCAAAUGGAACGUGGACGUGA